AAACAGAAUCUGUUUGCGUUCCAGAAGGUGUAUUAAAAAAAGUGUGCACGGGCCCUUUAAUGUAAAAAAAAAAAAAAAAAAAAAAAAGGCUAUUCGUUUUUUUGUUUUUUUUUUUCAAUUUGUUUAGAAACACAGCUUAAGGCUUUAACGUAACAUUCUACACAAGUACCUGUUUUAAAUAUAAUAACAUACGUUUUUGGUUAGUGCUCGCGCAAGUUUUAAAGACGGGAAGAGGAAGGAGUGAAAAAGCAAUAAUUUGAAACAUAAAAAUCAGAGAAGACGAAAUGGCGACAGAGGUGGAUGCAUGGACCGCAGUGCCACAACGGGACGGGGUGUUCCUUGCGGGACCUCCGGGGGAGGAAGAGUUUGUGGACGAUGACAUGCUGGUGGAGGGGGAGGUGAACGGGAACUGGACCCCCCAGGAGAAGGCUCUGCACGAGGCCCGGCUCAAGGCCAAGGCCAAGCGGAGACUGCGUAGAACUUCGUCCCGCGACUCCACCCGGGAGUCCCUGUCCGAGACCGGAGGGGAGCCUGGCACCGACCCCAGCAGCCCCAAGGGCAAGAUUAGCAUCAGCGACCGCAAGUCCAGGAUGGGCAAGGGACGGGGGCUGCCCAAGAAAGGGGGAGCAGGUGGAAAAGGCGUGUGGGGAGCGGCUGGGAUGGUUUAUGAUUACGAGGAACCGGAUGCCAGGGAUCCUAACUAUGAUGAAUCCUCACAGGGUGACACAGUUUAUGCGACUGUGGUCCCUGAACUGGAUGAAGAACAGCUGGAGAAGACUGUGAACCCCAUUGUGCAGGAGUACUUCCAACACGGAGACACCAAGGAGGUUCAGGCCCUUUUGAAGGAGCUGAACCUGGGCAGUAAGAAGUUUGAGUUCUCAUCCCUGGCUGUGUCGCUGGCGCUGGAAGGCAAAGCCAGUCACAGAGAGCUGACAUCACGACUGCUCUCUGACCUCGUGGGCAAGGCCCUGAGCGAGGACGAGAUCUCGAGAGCCUUCGACAAGAUGCUGAAGGACCUUCCUGACCUGAUCCUGGACACACCUGAGGCACCGCAGAUGCUGGGCCAGUUUAUCGCCAGGGCAAUGGCAGAUCAUGCUCUUCCAAUGAAUUUUCUUGACCGCUACAAAGGAAGGGUGGACUGUGACCAUGCAAGAGCUGCCCUGGACCGUGCUGCAGUGCUGCUGUCUAUGAAGAGAGAAAUCAUGCGACUGGACAACGUGUGGGGCGUGGGGGGAGGACAGAGGCCUGUGAGGCAUCUCAUCAGAGAGGUGAACCUGCUGCUUAAGGAGUACCUGCUGUCAGGGGAGGUGUCUGAGGCAGAGCGCUGCCUGUGUGAUCUCGAAGUGCCUCACUUUCACCAUGAACUUGUCUACGAGGCUGUGGUGAUGGUUCUGGAGUCCAGUGGAGAGACAGCUGUGAAGAUGAUGGUGAAGCUACUGAAAGUGUUCUGGGAAACCGGGCUCAUCACCAUUGACCAGAUGAACAGAGGAUUCCAGCGUGUGUAUGAUGAGCUGCCUGACAUUAACCUGGAUGUCCCUCAUGCCCACACCAUCAUGGAGAUGUUUGUGGAUCUCUGUUUCCAGGAGACUGUCAUAACCAAACAGCUUAGAGAUGCCUGUCCUUCUAGGGGACGGAAGCGCUUUGUGAGUGAGGGUGACGGCGGACUCAUCAAGCAGUAAAACAGUUCCAGAGCACAUCUGUGCCUCUCCUAGCUGCCCAGGGGGAGCCAUCACAAAGACAGCCGACACCCAGCACUCCUUUCCAACUCUGCCCCCCUCCCCACCCCAGCCCUUCACAGCAGCGGCAAAGAAAAAGGCAGUGCUUCCUUUCAGGAACUUGAAAGUGGUGAUGCUAAUAUAUAUAUAUAUAUAUAUAUGAGUUUGUCAUUCCGUAUGCUCUGUACAAAAGGAGGCAAGUUAUGUUUUUCUUCUGCACUAUCAAUUGUCCUUUGUGUUUUUCAUUACAUGUUAUUUGAGUAUCCAUUCACUAUGUUAAAGUACAGUACUAAGUACAGAACCAAUCUGAUUGUAAUGCUAACUUGGGUUAAAAACUUAAAAGAAAUUAAGCCAAGUAGAUAAACGUUGUAGCUAGUGCCUUCAUCAGUGAAUUAAGUCAAGAGGACUUGUACUCACUAAGGUGCUGGCUGAAGCGUCUAUCUACUUGUUUACUUGUAAAGGUGGGACUUAAUGUUAAAUUACUUUGUUAAAAUAGGUAUUUUCUGGUAGUAAUCUGAGGCCCAGAAGAGUUUCCAUGUGUUCAGUAAAAACUUUCAUGUGGGCACAGCAGUAGUGACCUUCUCAAGUACUUUACUGUACUGUACAGAACUGUACUGCAGAAAACAGGGGUAAGCAAGCAUUCCAUAGGCUUGGCUGAAUUCAUCUAAAAGCGAAUUGGAAAUGGCUUAAAGGAUGGAAACCCCUUGGAACAAUAGCAAACACCAUAAAAGUAAAAACAAAGCAUAUUUUAAGUCAUUUAGUCUUUUUAUAUUACUCGGGACCCUUCCUAAAACUGUCUCUAAAAUGCUCCUGUCAUUCAGUCAUUCAGUAUCCUGUUUCUAUUUAGUUUACCUUGAAACUGUGGUGGGGAAGCAGAGUACGGCACUUAGCGUUUGCUAACAACCAUGUGCUUAUGUUGCCAAGCAACAGCACAUGUUUAUGCAUGACACUCCACUCCAACCAGCUACUUCCCCUAAUGUCUGACAUUGUCUGCAGCCAGGGGCAUGGUUUGACCCCCUAGGCAUUGCUGAGGUGAUGUGACCUAGGAAGGGAAACCACCUGUCUGAAAGCAAGUUCCAGGACAUCCUUGUAAAUCUGGCUUCGGUCUCAAUGGGUCAGUCUCCUGGUUGAGUAAGUGAAUAAAAUGUUUGUAACAGCUGAAAAUGUGGAUGUGUCAUAGCUACUUAAAUAGCUGUUGUAAAUGCAAAACAGGUACAAUUUAUUGAAGUAUUUCACUUGAAGUGAAAAGAGAAUGAUUUGAAAUGAAAAGAACAAUCUUAUUAUGGAAUGUAAGAUUCCUGCAAGUAUUUUGCGUCCUCUCAAUAAUAUGAUUCUAGAAAAAGGCUGAUCAUAGCACUUACUUGUAUGGUGUGUGUGUUGUUGAUUGUGAAAUGAUGGGUCCUAGUUGACUCUUCCAGAGUUCUGGAAGCUUUUUAUUCCUACCAGUAAAUGCAUGUUAAACACUUACAAUGCCAGUCUUAAUAUACUGCAUUCAAAGGUUGUGUGAUGUCCACAUCUGUAAACCAGAGCUGCUGUAAGACUUCAAAUUUGUUUUUGUCCAGAAAAUAAAAAGGAAUGUUAACACAUUUUUGUGUUAAAUCCAAAUAAAUAAAAAGGCUUUAAAUACAUUUAGUAUAAGCCAAAGAUUUUUGAUGGAGCUUAAGUUUCCUAGUUAAUUUGUUUGAUUUAUGUUUGGCUCGCGUGUUCUUUGUGUGACUGUUGCUUUACUUAAAAAAAAAAAAAAAAAAAAAAUUAAAUAAUUCCCUGGAACGUUGAGUCUUUCUGCAGCCUGGGUAGCAAAUUUUUACAUUAUCCAGGCAGCUACAAUAUUACAAUGUUUCUGUUUAUUAUCUUAGACAAUGUCUAGUUUUGACUGAUAACUGCUAUAUUGAGCAGAAACCUGAAUGUACCAGUGUUAUCAGCACAGUAUCAGGUGAGUUGUGGUAAUGUUGCAUACUAUUUAGUAUUCAGAUAAAAGAAAUAGCUGUUUUUCAUGAUAAAAACUACUUUUAAAUGCAUCCCUUGUCUACCCUCCGUCACAGCCCGCGUUUUAAAUAAAUAAAUAGUUCUCUCUAAUGCCAAAA